AUGUCAAAUGUGAACGAAUCUCUGAUUAAUAUUACCACAGAACAGCGGUUUCAGGGAACAGAAGAGAGGGUGCUGUUUUCCACUGUCACUGCGCUGCCAUGCUGCAUGUUUCUUUUCAUUAAUGCAACCAUGCUGCGCAGUCUCCGGAGCAAAGCUGUGUUUCGUCAGACCUGUCGGUACAUUCUCCUUUUUAACCUUCUUUUUGCAGACACCAUACAGAUGGUGCUGAGUCAGCUGCUGCACAUCCUUGCCGCUUGUAGAAUUUCUUUGACUUAUCCAAUGUGUGGAUCUCUCACAUCACUUGCCAACCUUAUGACCGUGAUCUCUCCUCUUACACUGGUGAUCAUGUCGUUGGAAAGGUUUGUGGCUGUGUGCUACCCACUGAGGCACGGCUCCAUUACCUCCAUGAGGAACACCACUGCCGCCAUCAGUGCCAUCUGGACCUUAAGCUCAUUACAUAUGCUUACACAGAACCUUUUGCUGAUUGAAUACCCAUUUUACCAACUGCAGAGUCUUCAGAUGGUUGACUUUUGCUCUAUGUUUGCAAUGCUGUUAGGGUCUGGGUCUGAUUACUAUGACAAAGCAUUCACCACUCUUUUGUUUGUUACAGCCGGCAUGGCUGUCAUUUGUACUUAUAUUGGGGUCAUCAUAGCAGCCAGGUCUGCCUCUGCAGACAAAGCCUUAGCCCAAAAGGCUCGAAAUACGGUGCUGCUGCAUGUGGUGCAACUGGGGCUCAGUGUUUCUGCCACAAUUUUCAUUCCAAUAAUCAUAGCUAUUGGUAGAGUUGUAACAAGAUUGAAUUUUGUGCGCAUCCUGAAUCUUUUAUAUUUUUUUUUUUUACUGCUUCCAAGAUGUCUGAGUUCUUUCAUCUAUGGCAUCAGAGAUCAGACCAUUAGGCCUGUCCUUUUAAACCAUCUAUGCUGUCACUGUAAUGCCAAACCUAAUUGAUUGAGCUCAGUGAUUUUUGGAACAAAAUGACAUUUGUAAUUCCAAAAGCUAUACAAACCUUUUUUUCUAAUUGAUGUUGAGACUCUAUGAGCUGUAUUUGUUUACCCUGAGAAAUCUUAGGAAAUAGUCACA